AUGGAUGAUCCAGAUCCUUACGGAGUGAAAGCGUUGGAGGCCGAGGGCAUGUUCAUUCGGGAGGCCGGCUCGAAGGUGAGGCCAAGUCAUGAUGCUUUUGAAUUCCGGCCCAACCCGAGCAGCCCGGUGUAUGCGACGUUCUCCCGACGCAGCCUUGACAGCUCGCCGCGGAACAGCUGGCGGGCCAGCGGGCAGAGCUACGCGAGCGUCGAUCGUGGCACACAAACAAAUGACGCGCCGCUAACUGCGCUCACAUCAGUAAGCCGCGCUUCCUCCCAGAGCACGAAUGGAUCCGCCGGUGGGUCUACUCCGAACACGUGGGAGGAGGAGGAUGGAUCUCGCUGGGACACGGUGCCGAUCCAUGGUGGAGAGGGGAAGGUGGAGGGUAUCAAAGAAGAGGGGGAGGAAGAGGAGAAUGCCAAGGAUCGGAAUGGACAUGCCAAAGCGGAGAGGAACCCUGCUAUUGAAUCCGACGACGACAUUGAAGUGCACGAGGUUAUCACCAACGCGACUCCGACGAAACAGGAAAGCCCGGAGGACCAGGCAGAUGCGGCCGACUCACGGCGCCUCCGCGAUUCAACUUCUCCUACCGCCCUCUCACACACUAGCCGCAGCACCGAGCAAACUGACGCGGUCCCCGAGGCGAUCGAGUCUACUGACCAGCCUGCGGAGUCUGCUGGACUCCUUCCAACCGUCAAGACACUCCAGACCAACACUGCCGUCCCCGCUGUUGUGGAUGAGGUGGAUGUCAAUGAGUCGGACACCGAAGUGCCCGCUGACAAGGACGAGUUCCUCUCAGCUCGCGGUGACAACGAGGACGAUGCGGAGCCGAACACAUUGGCCGAAGACGUCUCCGUCCUGCAGGCACUGGACACCCAGACGGGUUUCAAAGAGUCAGUCGCGGAGGCUGAGGACUCGAAGGCCGACUCCAACGCAGGCAAGCAAGAAGUUAAGGGUGCCGAGGACGUGCUGAGCCAGCUGGAGGAGAAGUUCCCCUCCCCGCAGGUCGAAUCUCCUACUGAAAAGCUGGACAUCGGCCAGUCCCUCCACCAGCUGCCCUCCAGCAACAAUUUGGAAGCGCCCGAGGCCGAGGCGGAGUCAUCCGACGAUACGAUCGAAAUGCCUGCUGAGCAAAAGCUCCACACACCUGACAUCAGCCCCAAGACGCAGGAGGCAUAA